AGGGGCCCGUCAUGCCUGUGGACCCACUCGGAACUUGAGAUUAGUUUGGAUCUCCACCUAGGAUUUGCAGUUGGUCUUUGUGUCUAGGCUUGCCGUACGCGUAUAUCUCAAGCUCUGCUCUCAGCUCCAAGCUCCUCUAGGUUCCUCAUCUCUCGAAAGCCGUUCUUUCGCUGUCGCUCUUUACUAUUCCAGUCACUCGUUCCUUGCUGAGCAGGUUUUUUUCCUUUCAGAAUGCAUUUUUCGCAAUUCCUUCUCGCAGCCGCGGCCAUUGCACCAGCGUUCGGUCAGUUAUCGGGCAAGGUCGGACCUCUGACUACACACGCUGCCAAAACCGCUAAGAAGACUUGUAAUGUCAUGAACUACGGUGCGAAGGCGGACAAGUCAACAGAUCUUGGUCCAGCACUUCUUAAGGCAUUCACGGCUUGCAAGACAGGUGGUACCGUCAUUGUUCCUUCCGGAGACUAUGCCUUGAAGACAUGGGUUACUUUUGAAGGUGGCAAGGCAUGGGCACUUCAGCUUGACGGCAUCAUCUAUCGCACAGGUACUGAGGCUGGUAACAUGCUGUUCGUUAGAAAUGCAAACGAUUUCGAGAUGUUUAGCAGCACCGGCAGGGGUGCUAUUCAAGGUAACGGCUACCAGGACCACAAGAACGGCAAGCGGAACGGCGCUCGUCUUCUCCGCAUCGAGAAGUCAAACAAUUUCUCCGUCCACGACAUCAUUCUGGUCGAUGCUCCCAUGUUCCACUUCGUCAUCAACACUUGCACGAAUGGUGAAGCAUACAACAUGGCUAUCCGCGGAGGUGACUGGGGCGGUCUUGACGGUGUGGAUGUUACUGGUACCAAUCUCUGGGUCCAUGACAUCAUGGUAACCAACAAGGACGAGUGUGUCACUGUAAAGUCACCUUCCAAGAACGUCCUGAUCGAGAACAUCUACUGUAACUGGAGUGGCGGCUGCGCUAUGGGAUCGCUUGGCGCCGAUACUGCCAUCUCUUCCAUCGUCUACAAGAACAUCUACACAUGGAAGUCUAACCAGAUGAUGAUGGUCAAGUCAAACGGUGGCAGCGGUUACGUCGAAGACGUCGUUUUCGAGAACUUUAUCGGUCACGGUAACGCAUGGUCUCUCGAUAUCGACCAGAAGUGGGCUUCGAUGAGCGCUAUUGCCGGCAAUGGUGUACAGCUCAGCAACAUGACUUUCAAGAACUGGAAAGGCACGGUCGAAUACGGAUUGAACCGUGGGCCUGUCAAGGUGGCCUGCGCAGACAAGGCACCUUGCACGGAUAUCAACAUCCAAGAUCUCGCUAUGUGGACUGAAAAGGGCAAUCACAACAUCUACCAAUGCCAGAACGGCUACGGCAGUGGUUUCUGCUUGAAGAAGGGAACUGGACCGUCGUAUGCAGCGACUACCAGCACUCAAACUGCUGCACCUACCGGCUACUCUGCACCUACAAUGAAGGAGAAUCUCAAGACGGCCUUCGGUACUGCUAGCCCUAUCCCUAUUCCGACCAUGCCGGCGAGCUUCUACCCGAACACACCGCCAAUCACAAAACUUGCUGGUCAGUGAGUACGCAUCGCCAGGCGCCUAACACUCGUCAUUCCUGACCCAAUCUUCCUGUACAUAUUCACUUCUCGCCCAGUAUAUAUUUU